AUGAACGCAUGGUCCAGUUACAUGCUGGGAUGGAUAACCUUCCUCCUCUACUCCCAUGAGACAAGUGGAAAUCAAAAAGAUUCAUGUGUCUUUCCCUUCACCUACAAGGGGUCUUCUUACUUUUCUUGCAUCAAAACCAAUAGCCUCUCCCCUUGGUGUGCAACCAGAGCCAUUUAUGAUGGACAGUGGAAGUACUGCAUGGCGGACAAUUACCCACGAUGCAUCUUCCCCUUCGUCUAUCGAGGAAGGUCCCAUAACAGCUGCAUCAUGGAGGGCAGCUUCCUUGGAAGGCUGUGGUGUUCCGUCACCUCCAGCUUUGAUGAGAAGCAGCAGUGGAAAUACUGUGAAACCAAUGAGUAUGGGGGAAAUUCUUUCAGCAAGCCCUGCAUCUUCCCCUCCAUCUACAGAAAUAGCACAAUCUUUGAGUGCCUUGAAGAUGAAAGCAACAAGUUCUGGUGCCCAACCACCGAGAACAUGGAUGAGGAUGGAAAGUGGAGCCUUUGUGCUGACACUAGAAUUUCUUCCUUGGUUCCUGGCUUUCCCUGCCACUUCCCAUUCAACUAUAAAAACAAGAAUUAUUUUAACUGUACUGACAAAGGCACAAAGCAGAACCUUACGUGGUGCGCAACCUCUUACAACUAUGACCGGGACCACACCUGGGUGUAUUGCUGA